UAUGCUCUAUGGAAGAUAGAAUGACCCAGCUAUUGGCAGACAUUGAGAAACUACAGAAAGAAAAAGCUGAAUUACAAUGGGCCAAUGCCCCGUUCUCCAUUGAUACUAUCAAGGACUCGGAUAUUCCAUUUUAUACUGGUUUUCCAAGUAGAGCAGUUUUUGAUAAAGUUUUUGCUUAUUUCAAUCCUGAUCCAAAUGGAGAAAAUUUGAUCUUGAACUCGAGUGAUUCAAAGGGUGUAUCGGCGACAGGGACAAAAACUGGUCGGCCAAGGAAACCAACUCCCCAAAAUCAGUUCUUUCUAUUCUUGUGCCGUGUUCGAGUGGGACUUAUGGAGCAAUACUUAGCCAAUCGAUUUGGAGUGUCAGUGUCCACAGUUAGCAACCUGGUGAUUUCCUGGGCCAACUAUAUUUAUCUCAAGCUAGGUGUACUGAAUAUCUGGCCUUCAAAACAACAAAUAAAGUCAAACAUGCCAUCAUCUUUCAAGGAGAAAUACCCAUCAACUCGUAUUAUCAUUGAUUGUACUGAGAUCAAGACGCAGAUGUCGUCAUCUCUGUUGUCAAAAAGUAUGACAUAUUCAAACUACAAAAGUUCUAACACCUUGAAGGGUUUGAUUGGUAUUACACCUGGUGGAUGUGUGAGUUUUGUCAGUCAGCUGUACACUGGCUGUAUAUCUGAUCAGGAAAUCACACGACGAAGUGGUCUGCUCAAGAUGGAUUUUGAUGAUGGUGAUUCAAUCAUGGCCGACAAGGGUUUUGAGAUACAAGAUUUGUUAGAUCAGAUGCCUGUAUGUGUAAAGCUGAACAUUCCCCCAAAACUUGGUCUGUAUGGACAGAUGGCCCUGUUAGAUGUACGAGACACUCAGAGUAUUGCAGCAGAGCGCAUCCAUGUUGAGCGAGCCAUCAACAAAAUAAAAAAUUUCCAUAUAUUUGACCAAGUUAUCCCAAUUUCACUGAGCGGUUCAAUCAACCAAAUAUGGACAACUUGUGCUGUGCUCACGUUGUUUCACAAUCCUAUCAUUUCAUGUCCAAUUGCUGAUUCUGUACUUAACUGACAGCCACAUGGACUGAGGCAUAUACUCUAUAAAAGAACACUGAGAGCAUAUAGCACAGACAGACACUCAUUUACAGUUAUAGAUCUCACUUUUAAUCUCAUGUACUCUGCAAGUGUGAAUUGUGAAAUUGAAACGUGGGGACUUGGUAACAUGACAAUCAAAUAAAUUGCUAGUAUUAAAGUGACAAUUUCAAAUUUG